AUGAAGGACAACAGUGACAUGGUCUUUGUUGGAGAUGGGUUCGUUGAUGGUGGCCAAGGCAUCGGCAAGAGAUUUGGCAUGGCGAAAGUAUUCAUCAAUGGACUAAGAGCCUUUUUACAUAUCUAUGAGUUGAAAACGAAGAGUGGUCUCACUAGCAGUAGAAGACUGAGAAAAAUCGUGUUGGAGACAAUUCCAAAUAUCACGGACAUAGUCACAAUCAACGUUGAGAUGAAGGAUAGAUUCAGUAAGUGUGCUGGUCAUGUAGCUGACAAUAAGUUGGUUUUGUUGAUACCACAGGUCAUAUUCGUGGUUAGAUUUGAGAGUAGGGGCGGUGGUGGUGGUUUCUUGAUCAGUGGUGGAAAGGGAGAUAGUGGCAGGAGGUUAAGGAUUAGGGCCAUCGAUAAAUUUCCGGAGACCAUGGCCAACAAGGAACGGUUUUAUUUGACGAAACCAAAUAAGAUAGUUGGAGUCGGAGAGUUUGAUGAAGUGAGAGGAGUUGGGGCUAGGAAGAGACAAUAG